AGGUUAUGUAAAACAAUUAAGAAUAAGAUUACAAUUAUUAAUUAAAGGUCUGACGUGCCUUUAAGAGGUUUAAAAAUAGUAAUUUAUUCAAGAAUAAAAUACUGCAUGUACUUCCCCAUAAACUGACUUCUGCACAGGAUAAGUCGUAGGACACUGCUGUAUGAGUAUAAUCUAUAAGAUCUGCCGAAUCCUGUGCUAUAAAAAUUGCUAACAGAUUCAGCCACACAAACUUGCUCGCUAGUCAUUGUCUUGUGUUUUCCUAAUAUUUGAUUGGCUGGAAAAUGGUGCGAGUUGAAAUGUCGUUCACAAUGACGUGUCUAGCUGAGGACUGCACGGCUGGCGCGGGAAAUGAAUAAAUAAAGGUUUUCAUUCUAACCCCCGCAAGUCUGAUGUUAGUGGCAUGACUGGAAGCAGAUCUCCGCCCUUCUGCUGUACAAGCCCCGUAGGGUCACAUCCCGCAGCGCAGCUGCAGUCCAGACAGGAGCAGACUGAUGCCCACACAGUGUUUGUCUUUGCGCACCGUACUGAUGUUGCGACUGGCCUGCUGCACCGCCCUUCUCUUCCUGUGUAGGCUGAUCUUAGGGCUGCCCUGGCUGCAGGUUGUCCCUAGUCUCCUCAUUUUCUACCUGGGGUCUGGUGGCUGGAAGUUUGCACAAAUCUUCAUGAAGACUGUGGGAAGAGAUCUGCAUGCGGCAGGUGUGCUGCUCAAGGUGAAGCUGAAUGUGAAGAAACACCUGCGUGAACGCAACACGAUCCCCAAGAUCUUCGCCAAGACAGUACAGCGCUAUGGGGAGAAGACCGCCCUGAUCUUUGAGGGCACGGGCGAGUCCUGGACCUUCCAGCAGCUGGACGCGUACUCGAAUCGUGUGGCUAACGUCCUGCUGCAGCAUGGCUUCCAGGAGGGCGAUGUGGUGGCCCUCUUCAUGGAGAACCGCUCCCAGUAUGUGGGGAUCUGGCUGGGCAUGGCCAAGAUCGGGGUGGAGGCUGCGCUCAUCAAUUUCAACCUGCGGCUGGAGGCCCUGGUGCACUGCGUUAAUAUUUCCGGUGCCAAGGCGGUGGUGUUUGGCAGCGAGCUAACUGAUGCCCUGCGUGAAGUACACAGCUCCAUGGGGAGGUCUGUGAAGCUCUUCUGUUCCGGGGACUGUGACCCCAAACGGGUCCCGGAGGGGACGGGGAGCCUGGACCUGCUGCUGGAGGCCGCACCCACACUCCAGCCCUCCCAGCCGCAGCGCUGCUUCACAGACAGGCUCUUUUACAUCUACACUUCGGGGACCACGGGCAUGCCCAAAGCUGCCAUUGUCGUGCACAGCAGGUACUACCGCAUGGCCGCCUUGGUGUACUACGGCUUCAGAAUGCGAUCCGACGACGUGCUGUACGACUGCCUGCCGCUCUACCACUCUGCAGGUAACAUUGUGGGGGUGGGGCAGUGCCUCAUCCACGGCAUGACUGUUGUCAUAAAGAAGAAGUUCUCCGCCUCCCGUUUCUGGGACGACUGUGUUAAGUACAACUGCACGAUCGUGCAGUACAUCGGGGAGAUCUGCCGGUACCUGCUGAACCAGCCGGUUCGGGACACGGAGCGGCAGCACCGGGUGCGAAUGGCGCUGGGGAACGGGCUGCGCCAGUCCAUCUGGGAGGAGUUCACCUCCCGCUUCCACGUGUCUCAGAUCGCAGAGUUCUACGGGGCCACCGAGUGCAACUGCAGCUUGGGCAACUUCGACAACAAGAUGGGCGCUUGUGGCUUCAACAGCCAGAUCCUCCCCUUCAUUUACCCCAUCCGGCUGGUGCGGGUGGACGAGGAGACCAUGGAGCUGGUCCGGGAUGCUGAUGGGGUUUGCAUCCCCUGCAAGCCAGGUGAGCCGGGGCAAUUGGUGGGCCGAAUCAUCCAGAGCGACCCUCUGCGCCGGUUCGAUGGCUACGUCAACCAAUCAGCCACCACCAAGAAGGUCGCCUCCAGCGUCUUCAAGAAGGGCGACAGCGCCUACCUGUCAGGCGACGUGCUGAUCAUGGAUGAGUGCGGCUACAUGUACUUCAAGGACCGGACCGGCGACACUUUCCGCUGGAAGGGAGAGAACGUGUCCACCACAGAGGUGGAGGGCACGCUCAGCCGCAUCCUGGAAAUGAAGGACGUGGUGGUGUACGGAGUGGAGGUGCCAGGAGCUGAGGGGAAGGCGGGCAUGGCUGCCAUUGCUGACCCCGCUCAGGCAACGGACCUGGAGAAGUUCGGAAGGGACUUGGAGAAGGCGCUACCCCCCUACGCCCGGCCCGUCUUCCUUCGCUUCCUACCGGAGGUCAACAAGACUGGGACCUACAAGUUCCAGAAGACAGAGAUGCGGCGGGAGGGCUUCGACCCUCGCCUGGUGUCUGACAGACUUUACUUCCUGGACCCGAGCAGGGGGCAGUAUGUGAAGCUGGACCAGGAGCUGCACUCUAACAUCCUCUCUGGGAAGCAGAAACUGUGACCCCCGAGAGCGCCCCCCAACCCCGCCCUCCCCGCCCCGCCCCACCCCGCUCCUCUCCGCCCCACCCAACCCAGGCCCCGCCCCUCGUUACCUCAGUGCCCACAGUGAGGAGCAGCAGGGUCGCCCGGGUAACCGUCAGAACUGAAACUCAUCCCAUUCUGCGCCCGGAGGGGCUCUGUGGGCCGAAGUCGGCCGUGACUGCAGGAGGGCAGGAUGUACGGAGACGGGCAGGGGCCAGGGGUGACAGGAACCCCCACAGCGCACUGAGACCCAUCCCGCCAAACCUGCAGAACGUGCAGCCGGCAGCGGCUGAUGCCGCGUGAGCAGCGGCUGGUGCCCGCGUCCCCCAGGGCCCGGGCUGCCUCUGCCAGCGCUGCGGGCACAGCUCUGAUGUGUGAGCAGAGGGGUGACCGAGCCUGCGGAGGGGCUCAGUGCUCCCAGUGCAAUAAUCCAGCGAUCUCAGUCCUCUGAAUCAGUGCAGAGCGUCUGGGUGGGUUGCUCUCAGACAAUGAAAUACAUGUCUGAUUUAGCAUAUUUUAGCUUGUAAAAUAUCAUGAGUGUGAAAUGCACAGGAUACAGGAGUGAGGUGCACUCACAGCUGGGCUGUAGGCUAGGGGUGCGUGUUGACCCUGUGAGCGGCUGUAGCAGGACGAGGCUGGAGGAGGCAGCCCCUGACGCGGGGCGGGGCGGGGCGGGGUGGGCGGGGGCUGGAGGAGGCAGUCCCUGACACGGGCGGGGCGGGCGGGGCGGGGUGGGCGGGGGCUGGAGGAGGCAGCCCCUGACGGCGGGCGGGGCAGGGCGGGGCGGGGCGGGGGGCGCGUACCACACGUUCUGCAGGUUUGGCCGGACGGGCUGGCUUCGCUCCAGCAGGCUGUCAGUGGUGAUGUGGGAAGUGGGGGCUCUGGUCCCUCCCCUCCGUGCCGCCAGCAGCCCCACCAUCCAAAGACUGUCCGGGAAGAGCUCAUAGCCCGAAGACAACGGGAAAAGGGAAGAUACUCUCUUUUUUAAAUGUAUUUUUAGUUUUUAAUCUUUUCUUUUUUUUUUUGGCGCCAUGAAUGAUCAAAACAAACAGAGCACUGUGCCUUACUGUGAGUCUACUGCCCCCACAUGGAGGACUGGUGCACUGUCCCGUGUGUCCUGCUGUCUCUCGUCAUCCUGUCCCCCCCCGUCCCCCGUCCGCAGCUCUCCCCCUGUUUUACCCUGUGUCUCGUCGUGCCCUGUUGUCACCCGGCUUGGUCCUCUGUCCUGUGAACAUGCUCCUGCGCACCCCGCCUCCUCUGGUCUCUCUGUACCCCAGCCUCCCUGUGUAGAGCUUGCUUCUGGUCUCCAGCUGUUCCAUCAUGCCAGUUUACUCACAGUGCGCCUGGUCUCGCAGGGAUCCUCUGCAAAUUCCCAGAGCGACGGUGGCAUCGUCCUUUCUGUCGAAAUAACGAGAUCAAUCAGACACCAGACAAAUAUCUGUCGUUUUUAUUGGUAACCGUGUGAAUCGGAGGGUUCAGUUACUCUCAGACUCACGUUGAGGCCAGUAUGCACAAGUGGAUUGUGUCGUGUAAAAGCUUUCACUCGUGUCUGCCUACAUUGAGAUCUUUACUCUCAAGAUGGUCUGCACGCAAGGAAGGGCAGUAGCAACAAAGGAGGCCAGACGGGAAUCCUGAUAGCAGUAGUCUGUAAUUUGAAGGGAGAGUAAGGCUUUUAGUUCUUGCAGAUCUUAUCAGCACAUUGAGGUAAGGGGCCCCAAGGGAAUAGGGGAAGAAAUGGUUCUGGAUAAACAGUCCAGUCUCUCUGUCUGUCUGUCUGUCUGUAUAUGUUGUGAUUUUGGGUGGGUGUCCUGCAGCUGUCCCAGCUGUCUCCUGUCCUCCCUCCCCACCCCCAACCCCCCCCCCCCCCAACACCCACCCCUCGUAUGCUUGGGCACUUUCAGCUGAGUUUUGUUUUUUUAUAUUUUAAAUUAUUGUUAAUUUUUUAAAUUAUUACUCUGUUUAACUGUGCAUUACCUGUUAUAUGGUAUAAUGCUGGAUUGAUUUCUGUACUGAAGUGCAGAAUAUGAAGGGAGAAGGGGACUCCGCCCAGUCGCCCCAUGUAAGGGGCGCAUGAAGGCCACUCGUUCAUUCUCACUGAGGAAGUGUAAGCCAAAUGUCCCUCUAAUGUCUGUGGCACCAUCGCACUCCCCGAGCUUCAUCAAACGCAGCUGGAAUAUUCCUGAGCUAGGCCUGAAGCCUGCACCCUGCAACGCUUCUGCAGCGAAGCAUUUCCUGCAUGAACAUUUUGAACAACUGGAGAGGUUCUUAUGGCGCUACCGUAAACAUGAGACACCAGGUCGCCAUUUCCCUGGAAACCAGGGUCUUGUACCACCUGAAUUCAUGUGUGAAUGCCGGUUCAACUUCAUUAGAUUCUUUAUGUGAAAAGAAUGAUUAGCCAUGAAUAACUUUAAAAGCAGUCAGGAUAGUACAGGCCUCAGCAGAUUAGCCACACAGGAGUCAGUUCCCACCAUGACAGGAGAAGCUUGCGAGAGGUUGGAAAUGGGUUUUUUUUCCUUGGCUUUAAUGUUUGCUAAAUGGUAAUGUGCAUCAGCAGUAACUUGGCCUGGAACCGCCUCUGGGAGCUGCAGUGUUGUUUGCUGCCUAUUGUAAAGCUGACACAACAUAUAAGUGGGUAUUUGGGAUUAGGACUGCAUUCGCAGGCUGGGUGCCAGAGGUCAUUUCACAGAGAGAUUAAUGGGAGAAGUCCAGCGUUCGCCAUUUAGGGCUACGUUUGAUGUGCUCUGGAUUCAGCUUCCCAUAAUGCCUUUGGGGAAAUGUUUGAUGGCACUUUGCCAUUUUAAUGCAGACCAGAUCUGAACCCCUCAAGGGUGCAGCAGCAAGCACAGGGUGUAGUUUGCCAGUCUAGCCUGAGGGUGGUGCUGUUUCAUUUGACCCACCGUCUCGGGGUUGUUCGACAGCUGGUGAAGCCUCAGUCUCCUGGAUUGCAUUUUUUAAUCAAUGAAUGUUAAAAUUAUACAGAAAUCAAAUGUGUGGAGAUGCCAGCACAUUGCAUCACAGUAUCAUGAAAAAUUAAUAAAAUACACAGCAUAAUAAUAUCAAACGAGGCAACCACUGAUUUCUACCCUGAUAUCAACACAGUUUUUGUUAUCAGAUUUGAAGAUCCAGAAGUAAUUGGCAUGGAACAAAGGUACAAGUUUACGUGUAAAUGAGCAAUGUUUGCUUUUCUGCUGUGCAUAGCAUUUACCCCGUCCAGCCAAUCAGAAACGUGUGGGGCAAAACCAUCCCCAAUGCUGGAAGUUGAUAAGAUGCAGCUGAUGAAGGCGAUUGGUUAAAAUGGCGACACACCACUGUGUGGCCUCUGGAACUCCCCGUCUCUCGUCCAAUCUCAAAUCCCUUCUCACAAUGCUAUUCAUAAAAAUGCACCUUUUUUUUGUCUUUUUUUGUCUUUUCUGUUUUUGGUACUCAGGAAAAACAUAUGCAGUGACACAAGGCUAGCGUGUGUGUUUCUGAGUGUACAGUAGAGGGUCAGGCUGUCGCGUGUACAGACUUUAGGGGAGAUGUGUGAGGUGUGCUGUGCCACACUGACAUCCUCUCAUCAAUAGCUGUAAAUCCUGCUCUACAAAACAACAUGGCAUCUGAAAAUCAGCAUCAAUAAAACAGAAACAAGCUUU